GCGAGUUCAUUCGAUUUUCAACAUUCGCCGUGAGUGCAACGUUUUCUGAGGCGCAACACGAGGCAGCGCAAACAGCAGCAACAACAACAAAAACAAAUACAACAACAAGAACAAACAAGAGAACGAGAACAGUGCAACAGUGACACAGAGUGGCAACAAAUAAGUUGCAGGCAGAGGCAUGUGUUGCAUGCAGUGAUCAUACAAAACAAAACAAAAUACAAUAAAUACAAUAAUUAUAGAAAGAAAUAUUCCAUAAAAAUAUUCCACGCAUUAAACGGAACUCCAAGCGAUCCACAAGCGAUCCAGCAGCAAGCAACCAGCAAGCAGAGGCGCCUCCAAAGUGGCUCCACAACCGAUUCAAAAAUGUUUUGAGCAGCCAAUAGAGAUCAAGGUACAGUGAACCCUCUCUGCUACAGAACGCGACCAAAGCGCACACACACACACACACACACACACAAAAACACACAGACAUAAUGGACAUGACCAAACAGAUUAUGGACUUUGAAAUAAAGUCGGAGGGCGAGUACGAGGCCAGCGACUACACCCGCAUGUCGCCUGCCACAGAGGAGCCCAAGGGUGAGCCAGAGCCACAACAGAAUGAUGCGGCAGAAUCCAUCACUGAAAUGGACACCAAAUGCUCCUCCAACGAUGAGGAGGAACACAGCGCAGAGGCAGCCACAGCAACAGCCACAGCAACAGCCACAGAGAAGGCAACGCCCACAGCCAUAGAUGUGGAUGAAGAUGCAGCGGAACCAAAGCAAAAUCUGAUCAAAGAUCCACCACUGACACCGCCACCGAGGCCUCUGACCUCCAGCGAAGUGGUGGGCCUCCGGGAUCCCGAUGAUCCCGAGCUGCACCUCCAAUUGGAGGCAAAGAAAUCCCGCUCCCUGCCCGUGUCGCCACAGCCGCAGGCCAGCCACAAGCUUGCAGCGGCGGCACUCUUCGAAUUCGGACAGACAUCGCCACAGCGCGGAUCGGUGGAUCAUCGAGGUGCACCGGUGCUGGGGAAACCCAUCAAAACCGACCAAAAGGUGGCACCCGCCAGGCGGCGACUGCCGCCCGUGAGCGGUGGGGCCACGGACAACCAGCAGUUCUGCCUGCGGUGGAACAACUACCAGUCCAAUCUCACCAAUGUCUUCGAUGAGCUGCUGCAGAGCGAGUCCUUUGUGGAUGUGACCCUCUCCUGCGAGGGGCAGUCCAUCAAGGCCCACAAAAUGGUCCUCUCCGCCUGCUCGCCCUACUUCCAGGCCCUGUUCUACGAUAAUCCCUGCCAGCAUCCGAUCAUCAUCAUGCGCGAUGUCCACUGGUCGGAUCUGAAGGCCCUCGUCGAGUUCAUGUACAAGGGGGAGAUCAAUGUGUGCCAGGAUCAAAUCAAUCCCCUGCUGAAGGUCGCCGAAACCCUGAAGAUCCGCGGCCUGGCCGAGGUGAGUGCUGGGGCCAGUCGCGAUGGCGCCUCGGCGCAUCCCAUGAUCCCCGACCAGCGCAUGUCCGUCUACGGGGAGGACGAGGAGGAGGAUGAGGAGCUGGCAGCCGCAAUCCUGCGGCAGGAUGACGAUCCCGAGCCAAAGAGAGCCCGACUCCUGGCAGACACCGCCCUGGACCUCAAUCAGCGGCAGAGGAAGCGCUCGCGGGAUGGAAACUAUGCCACGCCCAGUCCGUUGCAUGGCGACAGCCUCCGCCCCGAUGUGGAGUCGGAGUCUUCGCCCCGGACGGCAGUGACGCCCAGUGGCCAGAGCCAGCCCACAUCGACGAUCGUGCGGAAUCCGUUCGCCUCCCCGAAUCCCCAGUCGCUGCAGGCGCACCUCCUCGCGGGCACAGGCACCUCCUCCUCCGCCUCGAGCAGCAGCUCCGGCGGAACCUCCGCCUCCACAGUGGGCACAGCCGCCGUGGGCAACUCCACAUCGUCGGCGGCCUCCUGCUCAUCGGCGGGCACGUACCGCACCGCGGCACGCAGCUGCUCGCCGCCACCCCACCACCAGCACCACCCCUCGGGCAGCUCCAACGGGAGCUCGGGAGCAGGCGCGCUGCUCCACUCCCCCACUGGCGGGGGAUCAUCGAGUGGGGCACAGUCCUCGCUGCCACCACACAUGGCCGCCGCAGUGGCCGCCGCUGCACAUCAUGCCGCCGCCGCUGUGCCCCAGCAGCCGCCACCACCCGCCAUGCAUCAUCAUGCAGCGGCGGCAGCCGCCCAACAGCUGGCGGCCCAGCACCAAUUGGCGCACUCGCACGCGAUGGCCAGCGCCCUGGCAGCGGCUGCAGGAGGCGCCGCUGCUGCACCCGCCAGCGGUGCGGUGGGCGGUGCCGUUCCCACUGCCUCAUCGGUGGGUUCAUCGCAUCACGAUGACAUGGAAAUCAAGCCGGAAAUCGCCGAAAUGAUACGCGAAGAAGAGAGGGCCAAAAUGAUCGAAAGCGGCGGACAUGGCGGUUGGAUGGGCGCUGCUGCUGCGGCAACAGGCGCUUCUGUGGCGGCAGACAGCUACCAGUACCAGCUGCAGUCCAUGUGGCAGAAAUGCUGGAACACCAACCAGCAGAAUCUCGUGCAGCAGUUGCGCUUCCGCGAACGCGGCCCCUUGAAGUCGUGGCGCCCCGAGGCCAUGGCCGAGGCCAUCUUCAGUGUCCUCAAGGAGGGGCUCUCCCUCUCGCAGGCAGCACGCAAAUUCGACAUCCCCUACCCCACGUUCGUGCUGUAUGCGAAUCGAGUGCACAACAUGCUGGGACCCUCCCUCGAUGGCGGCACUGAUCCCCGGCCCAAGGCCAGGGGCAGGCCGCAGCGCAUCCUGUUGGGCAUGUGGCCGGAGGAGCUGAUUCGCAGUGUCAUCAAGGCGGUGGUCUUCAGGGACUAUCGCGAGAUCAAGGAGGACAUGGGGGCACAUCAGUACGCGAAUGGACAGUCGCAUGCCACGUACAUUGGUGGCGGCACCACUACCAAUGGCUAUCACAGCGCUGCAGCCGCCAAGAUGGCCGCACAGAAUGCCGCGCUGGCUCCGCCCGAUGCCAGCAGUCCGCUGAGCACCAUGACAGAGUCCCUGCGCCGCCAGAUCCUGUCGCAGCAGCAGCAGGCGGCGCAGCAUCAGCAGCACCAACAGCAGGCGCCGCACAUGUACAAGUCGCCGGCCUACUUGCAACGUUCCGAGAUCGAGGAUCAGGUCUCGGCGGCAGCGGCUGUGGCAGCGGCGGCGGCCAAGCAUCAGCAGAGCGGCGGCGGUGGCGGCGCCGGUGGCCGUGGCUCUGAGAAUCUGCCCGAUCUGACGGCCUUGGGGCUGAUGGGGCUCCCGGGUCUGAAUGUCCUGCCAUCGCGCGGUGCAGGCGGCAAUGGGGGUGGCGGUGGUGCGGCGGCUCCCUCGAGUGCGGCCAGCUAUGCGCGUGAGCUGACACGCGAGCGGGAGCGGGAUCGGGAGCUCAAGGAGGCGAUGCAGGCGCGUCAGUAUGGGAAUCAGUCGCGCGGCGGCAGCAAUUCCGCCUCCAAGGCGCAGUCGAAUCGUCCUGGCGCCGCCUCCCCCUACUCCACGCACUAUGCGAAGCAGCAGCAGCAGCAGCAACAGCAACAGCAGCAGCACGCGAAGCAGGAGCAUCCGAAUUAUGCGUACAACAAGCGCUUCCUGGAGAGCCUGCCGGCGGGCAUUGACUUCGAGGCCAUUGCGAAUGGCCUGCUGCAGAAAUCGGUGCAGGCGCAGAACAAGAGUCCCCGCUUCGAAGACUUCUUUCCGGGGCCCGGGGGGCCGCAGGAUAUGAGCGAGCUGUUUGUGAAUUCGGAUGCGGCGGCAGCAGCGGCAGCCGCUGCGGCAUAUGCCCCAGUGCGUGAGUCGCCACUGAUGAAGAUCAAGCUGGAGCAGCAGCAGCAUGCCACAGAGCUGCCGCAUGAGGAUUGAGGCAGGGCCAGAGGCAGAGGCAGAGACAUCGGCAGCGGCAGCGUCAGCGUCAGCGAGAGAGGAGAGGGAGAGGCAAUGGAAUAUUUUUGGACUGCUACUUGAAGAAAAAUGCCCAACGUUUUUAUUUUAGAUUUUAGUUGGAAUAAUUGAAGGUUUUUAUCGGCUAGGAUUUAGGAGAGGAUAUAUAUAUAAAUAGGAUAUAUAUAUAUAGGAUAUAUGUAGGAAUUCUUAAAGAGGUAUAAAAAGUAUUAACACAAAAUGUAAUCUUAAAGGACACCAAAACAGGACCCCUCGCCCCUCCAUGCACACACACACACACACACACACACACACAUACAAAAAUACUUCGGAACUUUCCUUUAAGGAUAGGAUCUCGUCUUUGAAUCGUUUUAUUUAUUUUUGUUUGAUUGAUUCGAUUGAUUGAUAUGAUUGGAUUGGAUUGCCUUUUUGUUGCCACGCAUCGUACGAGAGAAAGAGAGAGUGAGAGAGAGAGAUAGUGAGGAAAUAAUUAUUAAUUAAUUAAAUAGAACUAAGAAUUAGAAGAGAGAGACUUGUGCAUUUCUUAAAUGUAGAUU